CCUGGCAACAGUUGGAGCGAACAGGCGGAAUAAUGGCAAAGAUUAUCUGUGUGAAAAAAUCCCUCUGGCAACAAGUGUGUGAAGAGUUUGAAGCCGAGCGUCCCAGUCCUCCCAGUGCUGUGUGGACAGAUAGCAGCUCAAUGACAAACCAGCUCUCCCAGUACAGCGCCAGUAAAGUCCCCCCGGUCUUCUGUGGAGCCAAGGUGUGUGUGGACGAUGACCCUCUCAGAGACUUUGAUUCUCUUCUUUGCCACCUUGCUCUUCCUGGAUACUCUGUGUUAGGAAACCCUUGUCUUUCAAGCAAGAAGCGUCCUUCUGCAGCUGAAGCUAUGAUGCCUCCACAACCACAUAAAAGUCCUGUCACACAUUUUUUGGAGAGAAGAGUGUUUCCAGUGUUGUUACCUGGACUGGAAGCUUUGCUGACAGAAGCCCUGAAACAUGGCUGUUUUGAGAGGGAAAGAACAGCUUUUAACCCAUGUGACUUCCUGACUGAGUGGCUCUACAAUCAAAACCCCCGCAGGCGAGAACAGGUCCCAGUGAACUUCCAUGACAUCCCCUUUGUUAAGGACUGGCUCAGAACAAAUCCCAGGCCUCCUAUCCCUCUGUUUCUACAGCUGAGUGAGGAUCAAGCUGCUCUGCUCAUCCAGGCUUUCUGGAGGGGAUGCAAGAUUAGGUCACGCCCAGAUGUGCAGGAGCUGCGCCAGUGGCAGAAAGAAUUGAGAGAGAACCGUGACAUUGCCAAAACUGUCGAGCAGUUCUGGACCCAACAAGAGAGCCGAGUGGUAUUGCUGCCAAAACUCUACACUGCACGGCCACGCUCGAGAAUGGGAAUGCUCAAAACUAACAAUAUAAGUGGCCUCUGCAAUGACAGAUCUUCCGGGAAGUCCCCAGCUCGGCGACUCGGAUGUGUCCAUCCAGGUGGUUUCCCCCACCCCGCAGAGCACCGUGGUCCACACCCCCACUCCCCAGAUGACCCCUGAAGGCAUUGAGUGGCUGACCCCCAGGCUGCAUGGUGUGGAGAAAAUGGCCUCCUCAACAGUGACUGAUUUCCUGGCUGUAUCCGUGGAUGGUGACAAAUCCCUGACUCCCUUAAACUAGAAACCUGAAACCAUAUGGACUGGUGGCAUUGUUAACUGGAAUGAUUAUCUCUGUGAACAAGGCUUUUCUGGUGAUUUAAGAGUUGGCUUGACGUCAAACCGAGCAAAGAGAUCACUGAAACAAGCCAUUAAGAAAUGUCGGUAACCAAUUGGACAUGGUCAUGCAGGGAUUUAUGGUCUGAGGUUUGUGUGUAUUUAGUUGAUUGCUUUCAUUGCGUUUUUGAUGGAUCACUUCCAUUCUCAAGUUUUUCUCAACAGAUGAACACCAUGAAGUACGGUUCACAUAUUAUUACGGUCGGGAGAGAAGUCCCUCGUAACAGACUUAAUAUUUUGUCGCAGCACCUCUAGCUAAUAGCUCACUGGAAGACAAUCACAUAGUAUUUCCUUGACUAGUCAUUUCCUUUUUCAUUUGCAAUACAUAUCACGGCAAAAAAAGGGGUUAUAGCAUUUCUAUUCAAGCCAGGAAUUGAGGCCAGAGUGAAAGGUGAGUCAGCAUGUAGAGCAGCACUUUUCUAUCCUGUUUAUCAGGAAAGGAAAUUACCCUGUCAGGGAAACGGAGAAUAAAAAAAGAGGGUCGGUGAUUGACAGUUAUCGUACGGAGCAGAUAGUUCUUACUGUGUUUUAUAUCCCCUGACACUACGUGCGUAGUAUAAGUAAAUGU